AUGGCCAGUCCCGCACUCCAGAAGGAGACCGAGUCUCCCGCCCCGGAGAUCACUCCGGAGAAGAGCCACCCCAGCCAUGAAGCCGCUCCGACGUACGACCAUGAGACCCCCCACCACAUCAUGGGCGAGAAGUCUCCCGGUGUCGUAAGAAUCGAGGCCCUCUCCCAGGCCAUGACCCGCGUCGACCGUUUCUUCAUCUUCUUCGGCGUCUUCCUCGUCGCCUACGCUUAUGGCCUCGACGGCACCCUGCGCUACGCCUACCAGCCCACCGCCACCUCCUCCUACGCGACUCACUCUCUGCUGGCCAGCAUCAACGUCCUCCGCUCCGUCAUUGCCGCCGCCGCCCAGCCCACCUCCGCCAAGAUUGCCGACGUCUUCGGCCGUGUCGAGCUCAUCUGCGUCUCCGUCCUCUUCUAUGUCGUCGGCACCAUUGUCGAGGCCUGCGCCACCAACGUCUCCUACUUCUCCGGCGGCGCAGUGCUGUACCAGAUCGGGUACACCAUGAUCAUGCUUUUGGUCGAGGUCAUCAUCGCCGAUAUCACCUCCACCCGGGCUCGUCUGCUCUUCAGCUACAUCCCCGCCCUGCCCUUCAUCAUCAACACCUGGGUCAGCGGCAACAUCUCCCAGCUCGUCCUCCUCCAGAGCACCUGGCAGUGGGGCAUCGGCAUGUGGUGCAUCAUCUACCCCGUCCUUUCCCUGCCCCUCAUCAUCAGCCUGAGCAUCGUCGGCCGCCGCGCCAAAAAGAUGGGCCUCAUGAACUCCUACCAGUCCUCCUUCCACGCUCUCGGCUUCAAGGACUUCAUGAUCCAGCUCUUCUGGCAGCUCGACGUCAUCGGCAUCAUCCUCGUCAUCGCCGUCUUCGCCCUGAUCCUGGUGCCCUUCACCAUCGCCGGCGGCUUCCAGAACCAGUGGAGCUCAGCCCACGUCAUUGCCCCUCUCGUCGUCGGCAUCUGCUGCAUUCCCGUCUUCGUCUGGUGGGAGCGCAAGGCCAAGCAUCCCUUGGUCCCCUUCUACCUGAUGAAGGACCGCGGCAUCCUCGCCCCGCUCGGUAUCGCCCUCUUCCUCAACUGGUGUUGGUACAUGCAGGGUGACUACCUGUACACUGUCUGCAUCGUCGCCUUCGACUUCAGCAUCGCCUCGGCCACCCGCAUCACCUCGCUCUACUCCUUCUGCAGUGUCAUUACCGGCUUCAUCCUCGGCUUCAUCGUCUUCAAGGUCCGCCGCCUCAAGUACUUCAUCAUCGCCGGCACCAUGCUCUUCAUGGUCGCCUUCGGUCUGCUGAUCCACUACCGUGGCUCUCCCUCCGGCCAGAGCGGUGUCAUCGGCGCCCAGGUCCUCCUCGGUAUCGCCGGUGGUAUGUUCCCGUACCCCGCCCAGGCCUCUCUCCAGGCCAGCCUGAAGCACGAGCACCUCGCCAUCAUGACCGGCCUGUACCUCGCGACCUACAACAUCGGCUCCGCCUUUGGCAAUACCAUCUCCGGCGCCAUCUGGACCCAGGUCCUUCCCGGCGUCCUCGAAGACAAGCUCGCGCCCCUCGGCAACACUACCCUGGCAGAACUUACCUACGGCUCGCCGUUUUCCGUCGUCGUCGAGUACCCCGUCGGGACCCCCGAGCGCACCGCCAUCAUCGAUGCGUACCAGUCCGUCCAGCGCCUGCUGACCAUCACCGGUAUCUGUCUGACGGUGCCGUUGAUCUGCUUCGCGUUCCUGCUCAGGAACCCCAAGCUUAACGACGAGCAGACCCUGGCCGACGAGUCUGGUGCCGACACCGGCCACGUCCAAGGUCGGGACAACAACAAUGAUCUGGUCACGAAGAUUUAG